UGCCUAUUUGCAACUUUUGAUGUAGUUUUUUUAAGUUUGCUAGUUGAAACAUUUGGCAAAUUUUGAUGGAUUAUUUUUUUUAAGUUUGAUUGUUCCAAUUUUUUAUUUUUUUUAAAAAUAAAUUGCCAAUCAAAACAAGAUGCGAACCACAAAUGUCCCCAGGACCACCCUUUGGACACCCUUGCAUUAUGCCUAUUUGAAACUUUUGACGUAUUUUUUUUUUUUUUGAAAGUUUGUUGAUUCAAACAUUUGGCAACUUUUGAUGGAUUAUUUUUUUAAAGUUUGAUUGUUGAAAAAAAAUUAAAUAAAAUCAAUUGCCAAUAAAAACAAGCUGCGAACCACAAAUGGCCCCAGGACCACCCUUUGGAAACCACCGAGGAGACCCUGCCCCUAUAAGAGUCCUCCUGUCAUGAAGAGUCGAGAAAGGCACAAAGCUGGGAGUGUGUGGACUGAAAAGAGAAGAAUCGGUCUAAUCCCAAACAUAAAUGUAAUCAUCGAUCAUAACAGAUAUUAAUCGAUCCAAGAUGGCUUUCACGGUGUUGAGGCCGAUGUCCGCCCAUCCCUUCUCGCUGUCGGUGGACCUGACCCUGACGUCGGACUCGGAGGACGAGAGCGAGGUCUACGCCUGCUUCGGAGCCCCGGACGCCGUCAUCCCGCAGCGGAACGCCGCCAACGCCAGAGAGCGGCACCGGACGCAGAACGUCAACACGGCGUUCAGCGCGCUGCGGACGCUCAUCCCCACGGAGCCCGUGGACAGAAAACUGUCCAAGAUCGAGACGCUGCGACUGGCGUGCAGUUACAUCUCGCACCUGGCCAACGUGCUGCUGCUGCAGGCCGAGGGCGCGGACCGCGUCUCGCCGUGCGUGAGCGCGAUCUACCGGGACGUGAGAGGCAAGCCCCGCAGCAUCUGCACCUUCUGUCUCAGCCAGCAGCGGAGAGGGCUGAAAGAUAGACGAGAUUGUGUGAAAAUUCACGGAGGAUCGGCGAGGAAACUCAGUUUGCGAUAACACUGCGAUGGAAGUGAAAUUCCAAAACCUGCUGAUUUAGCGCCAAAAUCAAGCAGCUCUGCAAUGCUAAUGCUUGUUAAUGCUAACACAAGCGAGGGAUGAAGGCAUCCAAACAUAACAACAUCACAUUUUGGUCUUGACUUUAUUACGCAAAUAUUACCACUUCCACUGCGGGUCAGGAUAUAAACUAACAAUAAAACAUUUAAUUGUUUCCAAAGAAAAUUGUUGCAUUAGCAUGACCUAUUUAUGACAGCUCAGCAGUUUUCUAUGUGUGUUCCUAAUCCUGCUUCAUAAAGUUCUCAUGCAGGCUGUCUCUCAUUUAAUGUCAGCAAUAUUCCAAAAUGUGUUAUAUGAAAAUGGCCCCAUGCCGCACUUUUGACACAUAAUGUUCUUUAGUAGCAUUCCUACUUUGUCGUUAAGUUGCUAAUGACCUCAACUUUUGUUUUGUCAGCUCCCCUCUCAGAUGCUUCAUUUCAGCUUCAGUAAGUGAGAGAAUGUUUGUAUUAUUUUCACAUGUUUCAUGAAGAUAAAAUCUAUUUUUACACAAAUCCUGUGCGGGAUUUUCAUUUUUACCCAUACAUGCACUUCAUAGCGACUGUACUUAUCCUUAUGCUUAUGUUACCACCAUUUAAAAUGCAAUUGAAGACAAUUCCUAUAUCAGGUAGCAGUAAU